UUCCAUCCACAACAACUACGCCACUAAACACAACGACUGUUACUACAUCACCUACAACAACAACGGAAACUACAACCACCCCUCCAUCCAUGACAACUAUGCCACUAGCCACAACAACCAUUAAUACACCUACUACACCAACCACACAAACUACAACCACUUCCCCAUCCAUGACAACUACCCCACUAACCACAACAACCAGCACUACAGCAACCACACUAUCUACAACCACUACUCCAUCCACAACAACUACUCCACUAAACACAAUUGUUACUACACCAACCACAACAACAAUGCAAACUACAACCACCUCUCCAUCCACACCAACUAUGCCACUAGACAUAACAACCAUCGCUACACCAACUGCAACAACCACACAAUCUUCAGUCACUUUCCCAUCCACAACAACCACCCAACAAAGCACAACAACCAUCACUACACCAGCUAUGACAACGACACAAUCUACAACCACUAUUCCAUCCACAACAACUACUCCACUAAACACAACUGUUACUACAUCACCUACAACAACAACGGAAACUACAACCACCCUUCCAUCCAUGACAACUAUGCCACUAGCCACAACAACCAUUGAUACACCUACUACGGAAACCACACAAACUACAACCACUUCCCCAUCCAUGACAACUACCCCACUAACCACAACAACCAGCACUACAGCAACCACACUAUCUACAACCACUACUCGAUCCACAACAACUACUCCACUAAACACAAUUGUUACUACACCAAUUACAACAACAAUGCAAACUACAGCCACCUCUCCAUCCACACCAACUAUGCCACUAGACAUAACAACCAUCGCUACACCAACUACAACAACCACACAAACUACAGCCACAACAACUUCCCCACUAACCACAACAACCAGCAUUACACCAACUACAACAACCACACAAACUACAGCCACAACUCCAUCCACAACAACUUCCCCACUAACCACAACCAUCACAACGCCAACUACAACAAUGACACAAUCUACAACCACUCCUUCAUCCAUAACAACAACCCCACUCACUACAACCACCAUCACUACACCAAUUACAACCACUACAUCAGCAACAACAACCACACAAACUACAACCACUUCCCCAUACACAACAGCUACCCCACUGACUACAACAACCAUCACUACACCAACUGCAACAGCAACACAGUCUACAACCACUACUCCAUCCACAACUACCCCAAUAAUCACAACAACCAUCAACACACCAGCUACAACAAGCACACAAACGAUAACCACAACACUAACCACAACAACCACCCAACAAAGCACAACAACCAGCACUACACCCACCACACAAGCUACAACCACUCCUCCAUCCAUAACAACAACCCCAGUAACUACAACCACAAUCACUACACCAGUUACAACAACCAUGCAAACUACGGCCACUCCUUCAUCCACAACAACUACCCCAAUAACCACAGAAACCACACAAACUACAACCACUUCCCCCUCCACAACAGCUACCCCACUGACUACAACAACCAUCACUACACCAACUGCAACAGUGACACAAUCUACAACCACUACUCCAUCCACAACUAACCCAAUAACCACAACAACCAUCGAUACACCAGCUACAACCACACAAACUAUAACCACAACAUUGACUACAACAACCAUGCUAACUGCAACCACUCCUUCAACCAUAACAACUGCCCCCCUAACCACUACACCAACUACAACCACUACACCAGCUACAACACAAUCUAUAACCACUAUACCAACUACAACCACACAAUCUACAACUACUACUCCAUCCACAACAAUUGUUACUACACCACCUACAACAACAAUGCAAACUACAAGCACCUCUCCAUCCACACCAGCUCUGCCACUAGCCACAACAACCAUCGCUAUACCAACUACAACAACCACACAAACUACAGCCACAACUCCUUCCACAAUAACCUCCCAACUAACCACAACAUCCAUCACUACACCAACUACAACAACACAAUCUACAACCACUAUACCAGCUUCAACAACUACUUCCCCACUAACCACAACCAUCACUACACCAACUACAAUGACACAAUCUACAGCCACUCCUUCAUCCAUAACAACAACCCCACUAACUACAACUACCAUUACUACACCAAUUGCAACCACUACUCCAUCCACAACAGCCACACAAACUACAACCACUUCCCCAUCCACAACAGCUACCCCACUGACUACAUCCAUCACUACUCCAGCUGCAACAGCAACACAAUCUACAACCAUCACUACACCUGCUACAACAACCACACAAACUAUAACCACAACACUGACUACAACCACCAUGCUAACUACAACCACUCCUUCAUCUGUAACAACUGCUCCCCUAACCACUCCACCAUUUACAACCACUACACCAGCUAUGACAACGACACAAUCUACAACCACUACUCCAUCCACAACAACUACUCCACUAAACACAACAAUUGUUACUACACCACCUACAGCAACAAUGCAAACUACAACCACCCCUCCAUCCACACCAACUAUGCCACUAGCCACAACAACCAUUGAUACACCUACUACACCAACCACACAAACUACAACCACUACUCCAUCCACAACAACUACUCCACUAAACACAAUUGUUACUACACCAACUACAACAACAAUGCAAAUUACAACCACCUCUCCAUCCACACCAACUUCCCCACUAACCACAACCAUCACUACGCCAACUACGACACAAUCUACAACCACUCCUUCAUCCAUAACAACAAUCCCACUAAUUACAACUACCAUUACUACACCAAUUACAACCACUACACCAGGUGACACAACCACACAAACUAUAACCACUUCCCCCUCCACAACAGCUACCCCACUGACUACAACAUCCAUCACUACACCAACUGCAACAGUGACACAAUCUACAACCAUCACUACACCUGCUACAACAACCACACAAACUAUAACCACAACACCGACUACAACAACCACACAAACUACAACCUUUCCUCCAUCCACAGCAACUACCCCACUAAACACAACAACCAUCACUACACCACCCACAGCACCCAUACAAAGUACAACAACCAUGCAAACUAUAACGUCUCUUCCAUUCACAACUAUGCCACUAACCAAUACAACAGAGCUUCGAUGCUUCAUUGUGACUGUUGGACCUGACCCAACAACAACAGCACCAACUACAACACCUACAGCUGCUACAACAACGAUGAAAAUUACAACCACUCCUCCAUCCACAACUAUUCCACCAACAACCAUCAGUACACCAACUACAAUAACAGAACAAUCUACAACCACUACUUCAUCCACAACAACUACUCCACUAAACACAACAAUUGUUACUACACCAGCUACAACAACAAUGGAAACUACAACCACCCCUCCAUCCACACCAACUAUGCCACUAGCCACAACAACCACUGAUACAAAUACUACAACAAUCACACAAACUACAACCACUUCCCCAUCCAUGACAACUACCCCACUAACCACAACAACCAUCACCACAACAAGCGCUGAACCAACUACAACAGCACAAGCUACAACUACUCCAUCCACAACCACUACUCCGUCCACAACAACUACCCCACUAAACACAACAGUCAUCACCACAUUAACUCUAACAACCAUCACCACAACAACCGCUGAACCAACUACAACAACAGCACAAGCUACAACGACAUCUAUACCACAAACAACAACUUUUAGUCUAACUACUACACAAAAUACAUCAUCAUCAAUUGUUACAACUUCUACACCAACAGCAACCACACAGAAUACAACUGCCAUCACCUCUUCGACUACUUCACUAACUACCACCACAAGUACAACACCAAGUACAACCACUGCUCCUUCAACGACUACACCACAAACUACAACAGCAAUCAGCGAAACUACAUCCCCGUCAGUUAUCACCACCACUACACUGACAACAACCACACAGAGAACUACUACCAUCCCGUCAAGUACAACUACCGUUCCUUCAACAGCUACACCCACAACAACAGCAAUUCCACCACCAGUUACUACACCUGAAGACACAGCUCCCCCAACAUCUGCAAUCUCAGAUCAAAUUGUCAUAGGCCUGAGAGUCAGGAUCUCCUCUUCAUCUCCACUGUCUGAGGAAGACAUCAAGAACACCGUCAUACAACAGCUUAAAGAUGCACUGGUGCGAAAUGGGCUGCCAGCAGGCUCCACUCUCCGCCUCGUAAGAAGAGUGUAACUGGAAGUUACAACCACAGCGACCCCUGGUGCUUUAUUGUGAAAAUGUGUUGAGCCCUGUUGGCGAAGGAAGCUGCAUCAAAUUAUCUGGUGCAGUGAAAGAGUAUUUAAAAUGUUUUUUUUUUUCUUUUUUAGCUCUAAUGAAUUUUAAAAUUUUCCACUUGGGUUAAAGUGCAAUCACUUGCUGUCGCUGUCGACACCAGGCCCGAAGGACAGAGAAGCUGGUAUGUGAGUGUUUUUGUUAACUAAAUCAGCGUCUUUCAGCUUAAAGCCAGAGUCUGUCUUUCUGUCCUUCUUGAGGCCGGUCCUCAAACACUAGAACUGUUAAAGCCUGUGGUAGAAAUGGACAGCUCCCAUGU